GGGCGGGGAGCGCGGGCCAGCAGUCGCGUCGUGUCUGCCGAGGCGAGCUGCGGCGGCAUGUGGCGCAGCAUGUGGCGCGCCGGCUGCCUCCUCCUGUGCCUAGUGCCAGUUACGCGACAGAUAUCAAUCACAGAAUUCUCAGUCCCGCAUGCGGUACAAGCGGGAGAGGAUGCAGACCUGCACUGCAAGUACGAGCUGGCGGCAGAUGAGACCGACAAGGGUCUGUACGUGAAGUGGUGGUGGACGCCGCUCAACGCCACUAGCGACCAGAUGCACCAGCUCUACCAGAGGAUAGUCGGCCUCGAACCCAACAUUAUUCACAGCACUAUACGUCUAGAGUUAUUGGAGAACGACGGCAUCCGGCUGCUGAACAUGACCCCUGCGGACUCCGGGACCUACGAGUGCGAGGUGUCCAACAUUGACGAGGCGCGUGCACACCAAGACAUCAUCGUCUAUUCAAUGGGCAGUGGGCCGCAGCUGAACUUUUCGGCGGCGGAGGACGGACCCGACGAGGACGAAGAGGAGGAUGUGUUAGUGACGUGUGAAGCGAGCGACGUCGCACCAUACCCAGACAUUUCCAUCACUGUUGACGGGAGUUUACUUUCUAACGUAUCAGAAAAUGUAGAAGGGCCAUUCGACGGAUUGUACGACAUCGUGGCAAAUGCAACUGUCACCAAAAGUACAGUCGACGGCGCUGAAGUUCGCUGCGAACUGUUCUUUAAAAAUGACAAUAUAUCGCAUCCCGCUUACGUCGAUAUAGAAACAUUCAACUCAUCAGGCGACGAGCCGACCACGACGGAAGUCCCAGAGACCACCACCGCUACCGAUAUUGUCUCCGACACUUUACAGAAUACGAGUAAGUCUUUAGAAUAUUAAUUUAGACCUGCCCCCAAAAAUUAGUCAAUUUAG